AUGGUGGCAAAAACGCCUGCACAAGGGUCACACUGUGACGACCUGAUAGAGGUCUUCAACCAACUCCGAGCAUAUAACAUGAAGCUCAACCCAGACAAAUGUGCUUUCGGAGUCCAAAGAGGAAAAUUCAUUGGCUUCAUGCUAACCUCAAGAGGUAUAGAAGCCAACCCAGAAAAAUGCAGUGCAGUACUGACCAUGACAAGUCCAAAAACAGUAAAAGAAGUCCAGCAAUUGGCAGGCAGAAUAGCUGCCCUAUCACGUUUCCUACCCGCAGUGGCAAAUCGAUCUUAUCAUUUCUUCCAAACAUUCUCCAAAGGCAAGAAAUUCACAUGGACAGAUGAAUGUGAAAAGUCCUUUACGGAACUCAAACAGCUCUUGACGUCACCUCCAAUACUCCAGAGACCAGAGUCAGGUAAGCCGUUGUACUUAUAUUUAUCAGUAUCUAACCAUGCCAUAAGCUCGGUCUUAGUGAUGGAAAUAGGAAAACAGCAAAACCCAGUAUAUUUCAUCAGCAAGGUAUUACAACCAAUAGAAACAAGGUAUCCAAAGAUAGAACAGCUAGCGCUGGCGCUAGUCACCACGGCAAGGAGGCUGCGACAUUACUUUCAAAGCCACACAAUCAUAGUACGAACAGACCAACCACUAAGGCAAAUAUUAACCAGACCCGAACUCGCCGGAUGUCUAAUAAAUUGGUCAAUCGAACUAUCCGAGUUCGACAUUCAGUAUGAGUUGAGAAAAGCUCUGAAGUCACAAGUACUCGCUGACUUCGUGUCAGAAAUGACUAAUGAGACCCAACACAUAGCAGCCAGUUGGAGCAUACAUGUAGACGGAGCAUCAAACAAAGAAGGAAGCAGAGCUGGGGUACUGCUAAAAGAGGGAGAGAAAGUGAUAGCCGAGCAAUCACUUCAAUUCCGCUUCAAUGCAAGCAACAACCAAGCGGAAUAUGAAGCUCUGCUAGCAGGACUAAAACUCGCCCAACAACUCAAGAUAUCUCAAAUAACAGCCUACUGCGACUCAGCACUUGUAGUACAUCAAAUCAAGGGCGAAUACCAGGUAAAAGAUCCUUUUCUAGAGAAAUAUUGGCUCAUAACAAAGGAUCUCAUUUCAAAGUUCAAUAAAUUUGAUAUUAUUCAUGUAAACCGAGAACAAAACACUAGAGCCGAUGUGUUAUCCAAGUUAGCCACAACAAGGCAGGCGGAGAACACACCGGCCCUGUCACAACUAACACUCGACAAGCCGAGUUUUGAGCAGGACACAAUCUUAAGCAUCAUGCAGGUGGCCACCCCACCGUCCACACCGCCUCCGGCGACGCCAGCUCUCAGCCCGCAUCUCUACACCUGCUCCGAGUCAGCCCAUGGUCUCACCCGCUCAUCUUCUCAUCACCACUCGACCCGUCGAGCACCCAAGGUCUCCCAGGUAACGAACAUUGAUGCCAUCUGUGGGGACCCUGGAGCAGACAUGGAGCGACUCCCCACGUCGGAGGAACUUCGUGAAGGAGGAGGGGCCCGCCUGAGUAGGGCGAGUUUGACAGCUCGCGCCAGCGAACAACCACGAUUCUCCGUUCAGCCAAACCAACCAAUCUACACCAAGACCCUUGAAAGACGUCCCUUCGGAGGGACGGGAGCCGACAGUGCCAAGAUUAUGCAGGAGCUUAGACACAGAGUACAAAACCUCAAAAGGGAGCUAGCAGCGAAGAGUCGAUCCCACGGAGACGUCAGCUGA